GAACUUUGAAACCUACAACCUGAUAGCUGGCGUGUUGGAGCACUGCCGUUGCUUCAUCACUGAUCAAAAGGCAAGGAGUGACGCUCCUUUAAAGCUUCUCCUUCCCCUCCGCCGCACUCUUGGAGAUGGCUCUGGGCUUUUGACAUGCCUUUUUUACCCUGCCAACAAGCACCUUUAGCCGGAAACGCUUCUAUCUGAGCAGUUUUUUUUUUUUUUUUAAAAAGACAUCAGGAGCUUGGAAGAAAGGAUGAGGCCGCCGGUGGAGGUCAGCGUGUUUCUGCUCUCUCUGUUGGGACCUGGAGUUUUAUUCACAAUGAAUAAGAUCCCUGCGCUUCAGGAACCUCUUCCUAUCAUGGGAAUGGGAAUGUUUGUCCUGGGAUCCGUCCUUCUUCUGCUCAUCCUCACAGUGCAACACAAAACUAAAGUGGACCCUCUGUUCUACGUUUUUGCGGAGUUUACCCUGAGCUGCAUGGUGGGAUUGACCAAUGCUUUAGAACAAGACGGCUUCAUCUCCGGCUUCAUGGCCUUCUACCUAAAAAUGGGUGAGCCUCAUCUUGGCACCGCCUACGCUGUGAUGAUGUCUUAUUGGGAGGUUGUGCACCUCAUCCUCUUGCUCACUAUCAUUCACCGCAUGUUUGCAGGGAAGUCCUUCCGAAGCCUGGGUCUGUUGUGGGCUGGGUCCGCCAUCGCCAAUCAGAUUGUCGUUAUUCCAGGGGUGGUAAUUGGCAAGUAUGGGUCUAACAUCCAGCCGGCCUUUUGGAGGAAUGUCCCUUUCUUCUUGGUGCCCUUCUGGGCGGCAUCGCAGCUCUUUAGCAGACCGAAGGAGAUGCCCGUGGUCACAGCAGACAAGACUGCGGCGGAGCAGAAGAAGAGUCUGCUGUCCCGACCUGCCGACCUGCUGCUGUCGCUCCUCCUGCUGGGAGCCGUGGCCUUCUUUGUGUUCAGAGGCUUUGUGGUGUUGGACUGUCCUCUGGAUGCCUGUUUCACCUACAUCUAUCAGUAUGAGCCGUACCUCAAGGACCCAGCUGGCUUCCCCAGGGUUAUGAUGCUGGUGUAUUUCUUCUAUGCGGUGCCCAUGGUGAGCGUUCUUCUCUAUGGUCUAAACACACCUGGAUGCAGCUGGAUGUUGGACUGGACCGUCUUCUUUGCUGGGGCCAUGGCUCAGACUCAAUGGUGCCAUAUCGGAGCAUCUCUGCACUCCAGCACUCCCUUCACGUACCGAACCCCGGCAGACAAAAGAUGGCCCGUUAUCGCCCUCAAUGUGCUGCUCGCUAUUGUGCCGCCUCUGCUGGCCCUCCGCUGCCGCGCCAACCCAGCUUACUUCAUGAAACCUGUUCCCAAGGGACAGAGCAACGACGACAAGAAGAAAAACUAGGACCACACGCAUCCGCCGCUGAAUGCCGAGGAAUACUUCGUGCUUUGAAAAGGCAAAUGUUUUCAGGGGAGUGUGCAAACUGAAUGAACUGAAUCUUACAACCCAGAGGAGAUUUAGAAACUUUGCUCUCUGGGUCAACUUUUCAAAUUAGCCACCUCACAGGGCACUCCCUCUGUGGACUGUUGGACCCUGAUAAGAAGGGCUGCUGAUGGGGGUGAGGGACUGUGAUCAGAUCGCUCAGCUUUCAGCUGACUCAGACGCUCUGUCCCAAAAUGUAGACCACACAGCUUACAAUCAUAUGUUUUGUACAUCCAAACCCAAACUCUCCAAACCAGAUCUAUUUAUUUACUUUUUUUUUUUUUUACUGGGGUAAAAAUCUAGAGGUUGGUGAAAGGUUUCAGACAAUCCUGGCAGUUCAGUGAUUGCUGAAGAUUUGCUGAAACAAAACAAAACCACAUAAGACAUUUAUUCUACGGAGCCCCUAAAGGGACAUUGAAAGGAAAUAAGAAAAAUGACUUUCUGGUGUGCAACAGAAAGUAAUUCUUCUUUAAUUUCCCUUCAACAUCCCUUCAGGGGCUCCAUAGUAUUCUAACAACUGCAAGGUUGUGUCCUCAUUUUCUUGUCUAAAUUGUCCCAAAAGGAUCUCCCUGCAGGUCAGAGCAGGCGUUGUCGACCUUUUUGCUGUAAGUAACUUGAACCGUUUUCUGCUGGGCUCGAGAAUGCAUCUCUGUGUUUUAUGUUAUGUUAUUGUUGUUGGUUUUUUUUUUUUGUAUAAUAAAGAAAAAUAACACAAAAAUUUGAACAUUUUUGUGCUGAGGAACUGGAAGCAAUUUUUUUUUUUUUAUCUAACUGGAUUCUAGCUCUACAUGAAAUAGAUUAUUUUUCACUGA